AUGAAAGUCAAAAAAAUGAGGAAAAAAUGUUUUUUCUUUUGCUCUAUACUUCUGGCUGUGAUAACAAACCAGAUAGUACAUGGGCAAAACAGAAAAAGAGGAAAGAAUAUUUACUCUCCUAUGCCAAAAGAUGAAGGUGAUAUGUGUCUCAUUGAUAUAGUCUUUAUCAUAGACAGUUCAGAAAGUGCCAAAAAUCAGUUGUUUGAUAUACAGAAGGAUUUUGUUCAAAACAUAACUGACAGCAUUUUCCAGAUGAAGCCAGUUAAGUCCCACAUGUAUAGUGUCAAACUAGCAAGUAUGCAGUUCAGCAGCACAGUCAUCAUUGAUCAUCCCUUUACAGCCUGGAAAAAUGUCCAGAAUUUAAAAAUCAAUUCUCUGGGUUUUAUUGGCCAAGGCACUUAUUCCUAUUACGCAGUUUCAAAUGCCACUCAUCUGUUUAAAACUGAAAGUCGUAAGAGAAGUGUGAAAGUGACUUUUUUGAUGGCUGAUGGUGUGGAUCAUCCAAACAGCCCUAAUGUCCAGGGUAUAGCCACAACAGCUAGAAGUCUUGGGAUUCAUUUUGUUACCAUUGGCCUUUCUAAGAAAGCCGUCCAAGAAGAAAAAUUGCGCAUGAUAUCUGGUGAUUCCUCCUCUAAACGUGUCCUGUGCCUGGAUGAUCAGAAUCUGAUAGUUGAUGUAGCAUUGGAACUGGAAGCUUUGCUACAGAAGCAGUGUGUGCAGAAGACCUGUGAGUGUGAAAAGGGAGAAAAAGGAGACAAAGGUGAAAAAGGCAGUGAUGGCAGCAAAGGGGAUAAAGGUGACCCAGGACCAAAAGGAAACAAGGGUGAUGCUCAAAAAGGAGACCAUGGAGAGAAAGGGGAAGAGGGAGCUCCUGGCUACAAGGGAGACAAGGGUGAAAGAGGAGAAUGUGGAGCCCCAGGACCAAAAGGAGAAAUAGGUUUGCAGGGCUCUGUGGGCCCUACAGGACCUCGGGGACCUCAGGGGUAUCGGGGAGAUCCAGGUCAGCAAGGCCCAAAAGGCAUCCAAGGAAACAAGGGAGAACAAGGCCCUCCAGGUCCUUAUGGUCCUGCAGGACCCUCUGGCAUUGGAGCGCCAGGACCCAAGGGUGCAGAACGUCGAGAAGGUAGAAUUGGAUUGCGAGGACCUCCUGGAACUGGUGAGCCAGGAUUACCUGGACCAUCUGGCCCUCCUGGUUCACCAGGUGAAAAAGGUUCAACAAGACAGGGCAUUCAAGGAGAUAAGGGUGAAAAAGGCUCUGACAGUGCCCGUGGUCCUCCUGGACCAAAAGAUGACCAAGUCAAAGGUGACAAGGGUGACCAAGGCCAGGUGGGACCACAGGGCCCACCAGGACCACCAGGACCAAGCCAUCAAGGAAGGCAGGGUGCACAGGGUCCACCAGGAAACCCUGGGGCAAAAGGCUCUCGAGGUUCUGGUUGGCCAGGACCAAAGGGUGAACCAGGUACAGCUGGACAAAAAGGAGAACCAGGUCUUCCAGGAAUUAGCUCAUCAGGACUUAAAGGAGCUACAGGUCUUCCAGGAACCCCAGGAGAGAAGGGGGUGAAGGGAGAGAAAGGGUUGCCAGGGAAAAAGGGGGAAAAGGGAGAAGAAGGUCCAAGAGGCCCAGAAGGACCCCCUGGCAAAGGACUUUUAGGUCAAAAGGGUGACCCUGGAGAAAAAGGAUCCGAAGGAAUGAUUGGUCCAAUAGGACCAACAGGCCCAGCUGGACCAAAAGGUGAUCGUGGAGAAACAGGACCCCCUGGUGUACCUGGAUCAUCUGUUUGGGGACCUCCUGGACCAAAGGGGGAUCCAGGAUACCAGGGACCACCAGGAGAUGAUGGACGUCCUGGAAAUUCAAUAAUGGGACCAACGGGGCACCCAGGACUACCUGGACCACCUGGACCCGAAGGACCAAAAGCUGACAAAGGUGACAAAGGUGAAGCUGGACCGCCAGGACCAGCAGGCCCUGCAGGACCAGAAGGACCAAAAGACGUGGGAGAUGCUGGACCAAAGGGAGACCAUGGAAUCAAAGGUGAUCUCGGGCCCCCGGGGCCUCCAGGAUGGGGACACAUGGGUCCCAAGGGUAUUAUGGGACGUGAUGGCUUGCCUGGUCCCCCUGGCCCCCCUGGCAUCAGCAUACAAGGAGACAAGGGAGAAAAAGGAAGUUUUCCUGGACCAAAAUGAUCAGUAGGAACUGGCCUUCCUGGACGAAAGGGAGACUAUGGAGAUAAAGGUGAUACAGGGACCAAAGGUGCCAAAGGAGAGAUUGGAGACCCAGGACCUCCAGGGCCAAAGGCAUCUGGGGGAAGAAAAGGUGAACCUGGUCUUUCAGUAAUUAGAGAAAAUGUUAUCAGACUUAUCCAUGAAAUAUGUGGUUGUGGUAUCAAAUGUAAAACAACACCACUGGAACUGGUGUUCGUCAUUGACAGCUCACAAAGUGUUGGACCAGAAAACUUCAAUAUUAUCAAAACCUUUAUGAAAACAUUCAUCAACAAGGUUUUGGCCAACCACGCUACAACCCGCAUUGGCAUUAUCAACUUCAGCCACAGAGUGGACCUGGUGUCUUCUCUGAAGCAAUACACCAGCAAGGAGCACCUGAAAUCAGCUGUUGACGAGAUGCCCCACCUCGGAGAAGGCACGUACACAGCUUCUGCCAUCCAGGAAGCCAUUCACUUAUUCCAGGCAGUGCGCCCGGCCAUCAGGAAGGUGGCUGUUGUCAUAACGGAUGGACAGGCGGACAAUCGGGAUAAAGUACGGCUGGACACCGUAGUAAGAGAGGCCCAUGCUACAAAUAUUGAGAUAUUUGUCAUUGGGAUUGUACAAAGGACUGAUCCUCAUUUUGAUGACUUCCUGAAAGAAAUGCAGCUCAUUGCAACAGACCCUGAUGAAGAACAUGUUUACCAGAUAGAUGACUUCAUAACGCUUUCAGUUCUUGAAAAUAAACUGAUCACAAAAAUCUGUGAGAAUGAGUCUGCAGUGUACACCAGAAAUUACAAUAUUUUAUCUCCUUCUCCAAGUCCGGAACCUGAAAUUGCCAGGAAAGAUGCUAAUAGCCUGUUACCUAAAAUGACCACUUCAGAGAUUGAUAUACUUCCUACAGAAGGAUCCAGUAACCCACAUAGUCCAUCGCGAUCCACAUACACUGAACCUCUGCCAUCUGCUCAGGACCACAAAGGGACCACCUCUCCUCACAGUCAAUCAAUACUUCCCCCAGUUUAUAACAUAUCUGAAAUCAGACCCCUGAGUCCAGUUGUCAAUCCUUUUGUUGGUGGAAUUGCUACUGAAGAUCACCAGCCAGCUGCAUGGCAAGCAGAAAUAGCAAGAACCCAAAAAAAUCCAAGGUGCUUGGAACCUAUGAAACCAGGAGAUUGUUGGAACUAUGUGGUGAAAAGGUAUUAUGACAAGGCUGGCAAUUCUUGUGGCCAGUUCUGGUAUGGAGGUUGUAAUGGUACCAACAAUAGAUUUGAAACAGAGAAAGAAUGUCGAGAAACCUGUGUUGAUUGA